GGUUCAUCAAAGUCCCCAGGAGCCGCUUUCGCGUCAAGCAAUCAACUCCUCAACACCCACCACCCAACUAUUCACAGAUUAAAAUGCUGUGCGCAAUCUCGGGAGAAGCACCGCAGGUGCCCGUCGUUUCGCCCAAGAGCGGCAGUGUCUUUGAGAAACGUCUCAUCGAAGCGUACAUUUCCGAGAAUGGCAAAGACCCUGUGACGGGAGAGGAGCUUUCCAUCGAAGAUCUUAUCGACGUUAAAUCUCAGCGCGUUGUCCGACCCCGACCUCCUACCCUCACCUCGAUCCCUUCGCUGCUUAGCGUCUUCCAGGAAGAAUGGGAUGCGUUGGCUUUGGAGACCUAUACUUUGCGACAGACAUUGGCACAGACCCGCCAGGAACUCAGUUCAGCGCUCUACCAGCAUGAUGCUGCUGUUCGGGUUAUCGCACGAUUGACCCAGGAAAGAGACGAGGCCCGCGAUGCCUUGUCCAAGGUUACCGUUGGAGCCACCCGCACCGCUGCCGGAGGCGAAGCUAUGCAAGUCGAUGCUACCGGACUGUCUGAAGCCGUAUUGGCAAGAGUUGAGAACACACAAGCCGCACUUUCCAAGGGUCGCCGUAAGCGCCCCAUUCCCGAAAACUGGGCUACAAGCGAAGCAGUUUCCGCAUACCAGCCUGCUGAGAGCUCCGAGCCCUUAUACCCCGGCAGCAAAGCAUUAUCAGUCAAUGCGUCCGGUGAACUGGCACUGGUUGGCGGUGUCGAUGGUGUGGUUGGUGUCUACUCGCUCCCUGAAAAGCGCGUGGUUCAUACUCUGCAAACAAACGGCCCAGUUACCGAUGCUGCGUGGGCUGGUGAGAAGGCCAUCAUCGCCUCGUCUACUGGAUCAAUCAAGGUGUUUGAGAAUGGCAGCGAACUUGCAAACUUCAACUCCCACGCUGGAGAAGCCACAGCCCUCGCUGUGCAUGCUACUGGUGACAUUGUUGCAUCUGUUGGUGUCGACAAGAGCUAUGUGCUGUACGACUUGACGACAAACUCGACCAUCACUCAGAUCUUUAGUGACGCAUCUCUUCUAUCAGUGAAAUUCCAUCCUGAUGGCCAUCUUCUUGCUGCUGGUGGUGCAGACGGACAGAUCAAGAUCUUUGAUGUCAAAUCUGGAGCAGCGGCCGCGAACUUCGCCAUGUCUGGCCCUGUCAAGUGUCUUUUCUUCUCCGAGAAUGGUACUUUCUUGGCUUCCGUGGCAGAGAACUCCACUGUUAUCUCCGUCUGGGAUCUUCGCAGCGCCCAGGAGACCAAGGUGCUCGACACGGGCAGCAAGAUUGACUCGAUCAGCUGGGACUACACUGGACAGUUCCUCCUCACCAGUGGGCCUAGCGGUCUGACCGUCCAGCAAUAUUCCAAGGCAUCCAAGGGAUGGUCUGAGCCCUUGAGAAGUGCUGUGCCUGCUGUUUCUGCUGCAUGGGGGCCAGCAGCUCAGAGCAUAGUGGCGGUCAAUGGAGAGGGAGCAGUCACAGUGCUGAGAGCACAGUCAUAAUGAUAAUACCUUUGAAAAAACUUGUGUACUUUUAGCCAUUUUGUGUUUGUUGAGAAUGAUCAAUACUAUCCUGUUUGCACAUUAGGCUGAGGCAAAUAAAAAGAAGAUGAGACAAAGGCAGAACAUUUCUAGCUUCUACCUAGUUAACAAAGCUCUAUGUAGCAAUGCUUGAAUAUCCCUAGGCUAUACAAAUUUUUACUGAAAGUAAGAUUGUUGUUAGAUGACUUGCCUUUCCCUGGCUGUAUGGUUUGCGCUAUCUAUAU